AUGGCUUCUGAAGCAUCAUUUAGCUUUAAUUAUAAACAGUGUUUAAUAGAUGAAAUAGCCUUGGAAGGCCUAGAGGGAACCGGCUUAGAUUUAUUAUGGAGACGGCUAGAAAAACGAAUUUCGUCUGAAAUAACCCUAAAAAUGAAAAAAAGAUUUUGGAGCUACAUCCUCGCAUCAGAAUCAAUUUCAAUUUAUGAAUUAGAAACCCCAGCUCCCUUCUUUGAGAUAUUAGAUCGUUUUACGAUCAUUGAGGAAAACACUGGGAAUCUUUUGGACCCUCCAGAUUACCUUGAUGGACCAUAUGAAUUUCAAAGUAUUGAUGAUGAAUAUGGAUCUUGCAUUAAUUUUAACACCAGAGAACAACUUACCAAGGAUUCAUUAAGAAGUAUUAGCUAUGAAGAAACAGUUACGAAAUAUGGAGACAAAUUAGUCCUCGUUGCAUCUUUAGAAGAACGCUGGAAAGCAUUGGCACCACAUUUACCAAUAAUGUAUAUAAGCCAAUUAACUCCGGUACAUUAUUGUUUGUUGGAACUUAUUGGAAAAUCAAGACAUAAUGGCCAAAUGACUGUUGGAAAAACUAAUUUAAGCAAAGUAGUGAAAGAUGCAAAACUAUUGUUUUAUAAUAGAACUGUCUUACAAAAAUUUGAACUCAUAAAAGUGCAAUAUUGCACACAAGUUGUGGGUGGCAGAGCUUUGAAGAGUAUAUUAUUAAGAUUGAAUAGGUUCUAUCAACCUACAUUGUGUACACAGCCUAAGAUUGGUAAACUGUAUAAUAUCAUUAACUAUUUAUUAGAAACGCCAGAUUAUUUCGAACAGACUGAUGUUAUGAUCAAGAAAGGUUUAUUAACUCCACCACAAAGCAAGAGGCUACAGAAAACUAUAAACAUAUUUAACUUUGAAGAAAGAGAUAUAAUAAUAAACCGUGGAGAAAAUUCUAAAAUGGAACCUUCUACACAGACCGUGAGGAGGAAAUGUAUAUCUCUAAACUGUCAGAGUGAUGAGUCCCAAUCAGAUGAGGAAAAUAAUGAAAACGAUAGAAAUUUAGAAUGCCAGUAUAAAGUGGGUGUUAAUUUGGGCAGGCAGGCGUAUGAAUGUUUCUUGGAAGCCGGUCUAAAGGGUCUGACCCAAAUUGAUAUAGCACAGCUUUUGGGUGUAGAGUUUUAUACAAGUCGGACCAUAUGUAGAGUUUUCAAAGCAAGAAAAAUUGUGAGAGAGUUCCUCGAAGAUAAGGGAAGACAGAGAACCGCUAGAUAUAUUGCAGUCGCUGCUACUAAUGAUAUUGACAAACAGUAUGCCAAAGAAAAAAGCAAAUUCUUGGAACAUUGUAAUAAAAGAAUUAAAGAUACGAAUAAGAGCAAAGGUGAUUUGAGCUCUGACUCAGAAAAUGAAGUGCCAUUGAAAAAGAUAAAGAAAGCUGAAGAAAGCACUCCAGUUAACGAAACUAAGCAGGAAAUUACAGAAGUUAAAAUCAUGGACGGAUGCGAAAACGUGACAGAAUCUUUAUUAAACCAAAAAAAGAAUCCUACUCUGAGGCAGUUGAAAUUCGCGAACGGUAUUAUAAAAGUGGUGCAAGAUAGAAAAUUCGUGAUGGGAUUCCAGGUACUAAGCAAUCUGGUUGCCAAAGAAACAGGCGAACCGCCGAUGGAUACGAAGGCGCUCAAAAUAUUUACCCAAAAAUUAGUAUCUGAUGGGCAACUCAAGAUAUUGAAGAUAAAAAGACCAAGCGUCAACGGAUUGACCUGCAAUAUAUUUAUUUGUGCGCCACACAUUAAAGCAUCCAACCCAAUCAUACGAGCAAAAUAUAAGGAAAUCUGCGCCAGAUCGGAAGUUAGCAAGAAAGCUAAACUGCACAAAUCAACACCAAGGAAUAUACGGCCGGUCACACACUUCACAUAUCCUAGGUAUAUGAAAAUUCAGAAACUCCACGAGUUUUUGACACGGCUGGUUUACUUCAAUGAAAAUAGUUGUAAAGAUAAUGUUAAUGGUAUCUCCUCAUUGAUGAGUUUUAUACCGGAAAUGACGGUUGAACUGGCUUUGGGUCAUAUAAGCCUUAUGGACGAAACUGAUCUAAAUUACAUCAAGACCGCAACCUUUUCACUGGACGAUAAGGUCAAAGACGCUCCUGUACGACUAAAUCGCAUUAUAUUACAAUCGCGAAGCUUAAUAACUUCAUUGAAGGUUGUUUUAAAAGUUCUUGCAUUAUUAGGUCUUAUUCAAUUAGUUCAUCAGACAACAGUGCCUAUGAACAGAGAUGCUACCGACGUUUUCUUUGUCAACCGUCACGCAAAGAUUUUAAACACCAUGGGGAAAUGGCCCCAACCCAAUAUUGAUAAAGCUAUAUUAGAAAAAUCAUAUCAUUUCCAAACGUUCGAAGACGUUCAGCAAUAUUGGAGUGACGUACACGACAUAAGCAUCAACACGACGAUAAAUGUACCAAGAAGGCAGAAACAUAAAUUAUGUAUACCAUUGAGAAAAGAACAGAACCUCAAUAAUUACGACACUGGUGAAUUAUUUGGUGAUGGUUUAGGACCUUGUGGUUUCGACUCAAGUAUAUACAUGGAUAUGUCCAGGCUAUGGCGAUCAUUCAUGAUUAGAAAUCACACUAAGAAAAAAUUGCGUAAACCAAAAGUGAAAAAGAUUAAGAAGAAAUCAUCCGCUCCUGUGGAAAGAAAAACUAAUAUAAAAAGCAUAAAGAACGAAAAUAAUGCAAUUAAAAUAAAAGAUUUCAUGAAUAUACGGAAAAGACAAUUCGAUUUGCAUAUAAAGUGGUCCAAUUUCGAAGACAGGAUAAUAAUGAUGUGUAAAGCGGCCAUCACUAUAAUGAGUCCUGUUUCUCAACCAGGCUGCUUAAGGGUUAGGAAUAUUGUCGCCAAAGACUUGCUUUCAAUAUUCGAUCCGAGAAAAACAGCGGCCAUUUGUCACAAAAGAGCCAUCAUCCUAGAAUCUAAUUCAGCCUUGGCACACGAGAAAGACUGUAUCCUUAACGAAUUAAGGUGUCAUAGAAACCUGGUACAAAAAUACGAAGGUCUGCUAAGAGUUAUAAGACUUAGAAAUUACGCGAAUCUUUCAAAAUACAUAAACGAAUCGAGAUUACCGCUGUUACAAUUGAUUUGGAUUAUAUCUCAGAUCGCGGAGACUAAACCUUUUAAUAAGCGAAUGCCGUGUGUGUCAAUCGAUCUCAACGAUUUUAAUAAGAAAUACAACAUAUCACCGUCUUCGGCGAAUAGACCUUACAACUUAUAUAGAACACCGACCUCGUCGAAACCAGAAUUUGCCGUAUUAAAAGAAGCCAUCCUAAUGACCAUAAUGCUAUCAUUGGACGAGCCGGUAAAUAAAAAAAUGGGAAAGAAGAUAUAUUCAAUUUUCAGCGUUUACGAUGAACCCGUGCUUAGAACUGCGAUACAACAGCUGAGAAAAAGUGGAGCGAUUGCUGCCAGAGACAAAAUAAUCAACAGCCAAUUGAAGAAAGAACAUUGCGAGGACAUAGUCCAAACUAUGUAUAAAAUAGCCAUGAUGUAUAGAAGAAAAUGGACGGGUCAUCUCGAGCCAGAGUUUUUGGACAGUCUUUCAGAGUUACUUAGCACUAAAAUACCGCAUAACGGUUUAAAAGGAGCCUGCGAUAUCAAUUGUCUAUUGUGCGAAACGUAUAGCCAUGAUGUGAUAGAUAUUGUUUCUGAUACUAUACCUGUAGUGACGGGUUCCGCGGGAUCUAUAUUACAAGAGGAACAGUUGAAUGUCAUCGACAUUGAAACUAAAUUCAAAUUAAAGUCCGGCCUCCUUGGAUGGAAAAACAAAUCUAACAUAGAAACGUUUUCUGAACUCUAUCAUAAUAUUGGCUAUGAGGGAAUAUUUGAAAACUUGAUAAGGAAAUCUAUUGUGGAUUACUCAAAGACCGAACAAUAUGAUGAGACGGAUAAUAUAAUACAAUUUUUAGAAGAAAAGGAAUCAAAGGGAUGCACAUUUAAAGAAUUGAAUGCGAAAAUACUGGACGACCAGAACACAUUAAUUAAAAGAUUAUUAGAUCUGGAGAGCAAAGAAAUCGUAAAGAGAGUUGGGAUUUAUGAAAACUUGAUUGUGCUAAAGAAAUACGCGAAGCCCUACUUAUUGUUUAUACCUAAAAACCUCUACAUGAUACCAACACCCUGGCUGACAUUAAAGGCUGAGAUACAGAAGGACGUAUUCUUCAAAUGGGCAGGCGUUAUAAUGAACAAAGCAUUCGAAUUUCCCGGCUGUUCAGUAGCAUUCAUCAGUAACAGUAUAGAAUACAUAACAUAUAGAAGCAUCCAAGAAGUAUGUAUGUUCUUAGAACAGACGAAGUGCGUCGAAUUGAACAGUGUAGAAAAGAAGGAUACAGAUUUAUUCUCAGAAGAAGAUUACAACUGGGUACCGGAGUUAUAUAAGUUUAAUCCUUACGAAUCACCAGAUAACAUUCUAGUGGUCCCUGCUAAAGAUUGUUUAAGUAAAUAUGCUUAUAUCAGAAGCAAAAUAUUAAACGAUAUUGACCUGUCAUAA